AAUGCAAAUCAUAUUUGCCUAAACAUGUUAUAACAUAGCAUUAGUCAUAUAAGGUCAUUUUAAUCAGUGCAGGAAAGGUUUUUGGCAUUGAAAUAUUGUUUCAUUCUUAAUAUUAGCCUUCCCAUGUUCCCAUUCGGUCUUAACUUUGAUGAUGCGACCUUUUAGAAUCCGACAACGUUAUYAUUCUAAGGUGCAUACUKGCUCAAACCAAUUGUAAWCUGACUGGAUUUGUGUCCUUUUCAAAGACUGUCAAUCCUUAUACAAGUCAGCAUCUAUAAUCAAUGCUUUUUUCYCGCUUAAUUCAGCACCUUAGCGAUUAGCACACUACUUAUCUUCGYCACAUCGGAGCAAAAAGUCGUCGAAACGGACUCCAUCACCGGUGUGAUGGCAGCUGAUGAGGUAGUUUUAAAAAUUUUAUUCGCUACACUCUCCACAGUAGGAAUUCUGUUCAGUACUCUAGUUAUCAUCGUUAUAUUAAGGAAUAUUUCGUUACGAACACCUAUGAACUACUUAUUAGUCAACCUAGCGAUCAGCGAUGUGGUAAUCUCCAUUUUCAUCCAGCCCCGUCAUGUGUUUUUUGAAGCUUUUCAACACCAAGAMGAUUUACGAGGGGASAUGUUGUGUAAGUUUAUCUCAGGUGGUGCGUUCAUCUGGAUUGGAGUAACAGCCCAAGGAUAUGCGCUUAUUACGAUCGCUGCUGAACGAUUUAUAGCUAUAACGUAUCCACACAACCUUAAAGCCAGGAUAAAUGUUAAAAAGACCAAAUGGAUUAUCCCUCUUUGCUGGGCAAUUAAUAUUUCAGUUAAUUCACCAACUUUGACAGCACUUUCGUUCAACAAUAAUACAAACUACUGUCUCGAGGUAUGGCCUUCUUGGUUCGACCCUAAGGCAUACGUUAGUUUUAUUUUCGUUGUGGGAACGAGCUCCGUUGCUGCAAUGUUUACACUCUACUCGUUUGUUAUCUACUCGCUUUGGUCAAGUCGCCAUAACAGCGUGGAGGCAUCRCAAAACGCGCGCUUUAAGAUGCGUAAACGAGUKACGAAAAUGCUGGUUAUCAUAACAAUAUUUCACGCAAUUUGUCGWYUACCAAACUACACAUUCUACCUUCUUGCUUACGUUGUACCGGGUGCGACAUAUGGUUCCCUAUUGUAUGACAUUACAGUGAUUCUCAUCUUAAUCGACACUGCGUCACACCCUUUCCUGCUGUGCUUCCAUUUAAGAUCUUUUAGGAAUGGAAUAAAAMGACUGCUGACCUGUGGGUAUUCAACAGUUAGUCCAGCAAAUCUCGUAGAAAGUACUGUUCAAUUCAACAUGGGCAGACUAACCAACAAAAGACAACGAGGGGAAGGAUGGAUAAGUGAAGGGUAAAAUUCAGUGUCAAUGGAAGUCGUCGGAAGCUUGCAGAUCUGAACAUGUUGACAGAUAAUUUAUUCUAAAAACUUGCAAUUAAGGUGUGGCUGAAUUCCGGGUCAAGUUUUUCAAAAUACAUGUAGAUAAUAAUGUUAUUAAUCUUUAAAUAUAAUAUAAAAUUAGCAAGACGCAACGUAACAUUUCCGCAGUAAGAAUACUUUCCCGAGCAAUUGCUAAAAGGCAAUCAAACCAAUGAUUAUAUGUAUAUACAUUUUGAUAASUUUUUC